AUGUCAUCGCCUACAGAAGAAGCACGUUUAAUUGGAUAUCCUGGGGAUAACGUUCUUGAACGACCGCAAUCAGCACUAUGGAGAUUAUUUCACGGCACUCAUUAUAUGAUCGGUGGUUUGACUUUCGUUAGUGGAUCAUGUAUGUACUUGCCGAGUGUAUACAAUAAUUAUUCAUCAGCACUAUCCAUUGGUGGAUGGCUAUUCACAAUCGGUUCUUUUUUCUUUCUACUUGCUGAUUUACAGGAAUGGUGGUAUUAUCGAGUGGGUUGUUGUUUCGAUCAUAAAUAUCGAGCAACAAUGGAAAGUCAGAAUGCACACCGCUUUCAGAAAUCACCGGACACAUUUGGCGGCCGUUAUGAACGAGCGGAAGUUGGUUUGAAUUUUUUUACAUCAGCUUGUGGAUCUGCACUUUACCUUGCCGGUUCAAUUUUGUUCAUUCCGACGUUCAAAAAUGAGUUAGUUCUCGGUGAAUGGUUCUUCAUCAUUGGCUCGACAUUUAUCUAUGUUUCACAAGGUUGGAAAGUUUAUCGUUCUGCAUGUACAGAUCCUCACAAUCCUCAGAACCAUCAGUUUCGUCUAUCGAAUAUGUUAAAUGAUAUCCCAGCAUUAGGCGUCGAUGGCUUUGCUGGUAUAGGUGGUUUUUUCUAUUUCAUUGGCACGAUCUUCUUCCUUCCGGCAUUGAACACUAACGACGCCGAAGCACUUCGAGCAGCAAUUCUUUUCAUUUGCGGUGGAACAUGCUUUACAUUGUCUGGGUUGUUUCUCCAGUAUCGUCAUCACUAUACACACAUAGAACUACGUCAAGAUUGA